AUGGUUUCAAAAUAUAUGUGUAUAGGUCUCGUGCUCUCGCCAAGAUCAGGAAUCGAAUUAGGAGGAACUAAAAUGUUCAUUGGCGGACCUUGUUAUAAACCUGAUGAUCAAAUUGUGUGUCGGUUCAACAAGACUAUUGAUGCUGAUGCUGUGUAUGUCAGUCCAGAACUAGCAUAUUGUAUCACUCCACCAUUGUAUGUUGUUGGUCUUAUCCAAGUUGAGCUCUCAUUGGAUGGCGGUGUAACAUUCAACUAUACUGGCACCUUCAGAUCAAGUGAGUUGAUUGACAGAGAUUUUGAUUCAAUUUAAUUAGCCAUAAUAUUAUAAAAAUAUUUAUAUUCUAGUGCAAAAUCCGAUUAUAGUGAAUUACGUAUAGAUCGAUGACUAUAUAUAUCAACACAUUACGUACAAUGAGUGAGAGGUAAUUUAAACAUCUUUUGGUCACAAUAAGUUUAAAAUAUAUAAAAUUGAAAGUUGCGCGUAGUGUUCAACAAUCCGAACAACGAUGCGUGCUGUCCACAAUUUGAUAAAUUACGAUUAAUACUUGCAGGGACUACAUAUAGUAUAUAUAUUUUCACCAAUUCCAUUUUCCUAUUUUGUACAGUACACGGUAUUAUUCUCUCAAGCAUUUGUAAGGUUUUGGCCAAAAUAUAUGUUUCUUCUUAACGACGUCAGAAAACAUUAAUUAGUAAUAUGCAUGAUCUUUUCUAUAGUUCCUUUAGGUAGAAAUCCUCCAGAUAUACAAGGGUUAGAAGUGGAACAUUGGGCCAACUCGACUAAAACGGUCUUAAUCUGGAAUCAAAAUGAAUUCAACGAGUCACACGUUGACAUUGAAAUAUUUCUGUUUGAUACCUUUGAGUUCCGUCUUCAUCAAGCUAGUUUAACUAGCUUUAAACAUAUCCCUAACUCCGGGAGCUACCAUCUUGAUUUCAGCCAGGAAAAUAUUUCUACGAG